GUGUCAUGUAUUAUUAAUAAACCCCACACCUCUUCUCCAUUUACAUAUCUCCCCCACUCUUCUCCCUCUUUAUAAACCCUCUUUCCCCAUCUCUCCUCCUCCCCCCGCCCCUCUCUCCUUCCUCGAUCUUUCUAGAGCAAAAUAUCAAAUACACACACACACACAUAUAUAUAUAGAGAGAGAGAGAGAGAGAGAGAGAGAGAGAGAGAGAGAGAGAGAAAGGUGAUCGAUCGAUCGAUCGAUCGAUCUCACCUGUGAAGCUCCAUGGAGUACUCGUUCUCCACCUCGUCGUCGUCGGGAUUGUUGGCUGCGGCGGCGGAUAUCGAGGCGGGGUUCGUGAACCCCUUCGCGCUCUACCCCCCGCGGCCGCAUAAAGCGAAGGGGGCGGCGGCGAUCUAUGCGGGGCGGGCGCGGGCGCAGGCGCGGUUCUUCUGCGAGAGUUUGGAGGAGGAGGAGCGGGGCCACUUCCUCGACGCUUGCUUCCUCUGCAAGAAACCCCUCGCCGGCCACCUCGACAUCUUCAUGUACAGAGGGGAUUUGCCGUUCUGCAGCGAGGAGUGCCGGCAGCAGCAGAUUGAGGCGGACGAGGCGAAGGAGACGAACAGAAAGCUCUCCGUGACGGCUUCUUCGCGAAGAGAAUUCGAAGAGCAGAAGAUCACCCUCGUCGCUGGAUGAUCAACCCCGGCCCCUAAUUACUACUACUACUACUACUACUAUCAGCUACAAUAAAAGUUGUUGCAGCAGUAGUAGUAAUAAUAAUAAUAAUAAUAAUAGCAGCAGCAGUAGUAAUUAGUCCAUAUAAUAAUAUACGGCAAGAAGUGGCGUGAAAGAGAGAACCCUAUUAAGUUUCUUUUCUUUUUUUUUCUCCCCACUUUUUGGGCUUUUUUUUUUUUUUUACUUCUUCUUUUCCGUUUUCUAAGUUGUAUAGAAGAAGCAAAACGAGCUUGUUAUGAAUCCCAAUCGAGCUGUGUGGCCUGUGGGAGAGAUGCAUUUUUUUUGGAUCAGUUCUGUAUAUUUACGAUAAUGCCGAAGCGCUAAAAAAAGAAAGAAAAAAAAGAAGAAGCCAAAAGAUGCACGAGCGCUUGCUUUUUGUUUUGACCGUUUUAAA